UCUUAUCUUUCUCCUCCUUAAAAGCUGCCGAGCGUCUCCAACCCUCGCUACCCACAUCGACGCCGACGUCGCUGCCUUCUUUCCUCCGGCAUCUCUGGUCUCAGUUGCCAAUAGAGUGACCUGGUGAACACUGCUUGAAUCUAGAGAAAAUCAUCAUGCAGGCAAGUGACAGAUUCAACAUUAAUUCACAGCUUGAACAUCUCCAAGCUAAAUAUGUUGGAACAGGCCAUGCAGAUUUAAACAGAUUUGAAUGGGCUGUGAACAUCCAACGAGAUAGCUAUGCUUCUUACAUCGGUCACUAUCCAAUGUUGGCCUAUUUUGCCAUCGCCGAAAAUGAAUCAAUUGGAAGAGAACGCUACAAUUUUAUGCAAAGAAUGUUGUUACCAUGCGGUCCACCCCCGGAGAGAGACGAAGAAUGAAACUGAGACCUUAAAAGAGAAGACCUCGAUGUUCUUUAUCUUCGUUUGCUUAUUUAAGAAAGACUUGGAAUUCAGUGUAUCUGUACUUUUGCAAUCUGCAUUCUUGCUAUAUGAAUUGUGUUGAAAUAUUUGCAAAAAAAAAAUCACUUUAUGUGAACAUUUUCUUGUUUUUAAGUUGUGAUUAUCUAUUGGUGAAUUAUUGAACGCGGAAA